CCGAUUUUGUUAUACUUCCCCUAACUGACAGGUACAUGAUGCUGAAGAUUUCGGCCUACAUACACUGAAACUAUAUUAUCGAAUAACGGGAAGGAAACUAAAAAAGAUGUGAGGACAAGGUGGGGGUCAUUAAAAAGCAUGUGUUAUACUCAAACUGAGGCUGGGAACUCUGCACGGGACACUAGGCGUGGAGAACAGCCCUAGAGAUGCCCGGUGCACCACCGUUGCCUCAAAGGAGUGAUAGCUUGCCAAGUAGUAUAACGCCCCCCGUGCCCCCCAAACCCGCCACACAUCAGCUGCCUAGCUUUAGACCUGUGAGUGUAUCUAAAGAAGAAAGUCAUGCCAAGCCCAAAGUCUUGAAAUCAAAAUCGUAUGGAAAUUUGAAAAAAAUGGCUACUUUGGAGCAUUUGAAUAUUGAGUCGUCCAUAGUGCAGGACUUUGAGUAUAAAAGUCAUUACAAGCAUAGCUUCAAAACCUUUUUGGAAUUCUAUGAAAAAGAUCAAUUAUGUGACGUAGAAAUCAAAGUUGGGGAAAAAUCUUUUCGAUGCCAUAGGAUGGUUUUAGCUUGUGUUAGUCAAUAUUUUCGCAUCAUGUUCAUGUCUGAGAUGUCGGAGAGUCGACAGGAAACAAUCACAAUUCACGACAUUGAUGAAAGUGCAAUGGAAAAGCUCAUAAAGUUUGCAUAUACUUCAAAAAUUCAUCUUAGUGUAGACACAGUGCAGCCGAUUCUGUACGCUGCUUCAAUACUCCAAAUAGAAACUGUUGCUAAGGCCUGCUGUGAGUUCAUGAAAAAGCAUCUUCACCCGACCAAUUGUAUCGGUGUUCACAACUUCGCAGAACAACAUAACAGAACAGAGUUAAUGAAAAUGGCGGAUGAUUAUAUUCUUGAAAAUUUCUUGGAAGUCGUAGAAACAGAAGAAUUUAAAAAUGUCUCGGUGAAGCUUAUGUGUACAAUAAUGGCGUCCUCUGAUCUCAAUGUCAGCAAUGAAAUUGAGGCUUAUGAGUCGGUGAUAAAAUGGGUAAAGAGCAAUCCUGAAAAUCGGAAAAAAAAUUUGGCUGAACUUUUGUCCCAUCUAAAACUGCCGUUACUCAGUGUGCAGUACCUACAGAAGCAUGUCGCUACGGAGGAACUCAUCAAGCAUGACCUCGCGUGUCGUGACCUUCUUGAUGAGGCUAAGUACUAUAAAAUGUCUGUUGCCAACUUACUCACAGAUAUCAGCAUUUCUGAAAGGACGAGGCCAAGGAAAAGCUAUGCAGGUGUUCUGUUUUGUGUCGGUGGGCGAGGAGCCUCUGGUGAUCCCUUUAAAAGUAUCGAGUGCUAUGACUACCGGAAAAACAGAUGGUUCCAAGUGUCGGAGAUGAACACUAGGCGGCGCCAUGUCGGUGUGUGCUGCGCUUCAGACCUUCUUUACGCUGUUGGAGGACACGAUGGCACUAAACACCUCAACUCCGGGGAAGUCUUUGAUCCCAAAUCCAACACCUGGACAAGUAUUUCACCCAUGUCAACACCUCGGCGUGGCAUUGCCUUGGCCUGUCUAGGAGGUCCGAUUUAUGCUGUGGGAGGGCUGGAUGAUUCAACCUGUUUUAACACUGUGGAAAGGUUUGAUCAAAGUUCCGACUCCUGGACAUUUGUAGCCUCCAUGAACACUCCUCGCGGAGGAGUGGGUGUGGCAACAUUGAAUGGUUGCCUCUAUGCUGUCGGUGGUAAUGACGGAGUUUCCUCCCUUGAUAAGUGUGAGAUGUAUAACCCCUUCAAUAAUAAGUGGUCAUUUAUUGCCUCAAUGAAUCGACACAGAGCCGGAGCAGGGGUGGCUGUUCAGGACGGUUACAUAUAUGUCGUUGGAGGGUUUGACGACAAUGCACCUCUCGAUUCAUGUGAGCAGUAUGAUCCCAGGACAGAUAAGUGGACGACGGUGGCGAGUAUGUCCUGUUGUCGCGGCGGAGUCGGCGUGGGAACUAUGGGUGGGCGAUUGUAUGCUGUAGGGGGACACGAUGGAACAAACUAUCUCAGCUCCGUAGAGGCCUACGACCCACUUAUAGACAGCUGGAAAACUAUGACGGACAUUUGUAAUUGCCGAGCAGGAGCGGGCCUAGCCUUCUGUAACCUGUGUCCUGUCGCCCUGCAGCAGUCGAGUAGUCAGGUGAAGGAACAACUCCACUGUAUGUAGGAGGAGUCUGUGGAAUUAUGGGAGGAGCCAAGUGAAUCAUGGGGGGAAUAUGUGGAAUUAUAGGAGGAUCUUAUUGAAUUUUGGGAGGGGCCAAGUGAUAUUGGGAGGAACCUAUUGAAAUGUGGGAGGAGUCAAAAGUAAUUAAGAGAGCUUAAUAAGGCAUUGGAGGAGUGAUCUGUAUUAUGGAUAUGCUGUCUCAAGUGUUUUUCUGUAACCCUGACACUAUCAAUCUUGAUAUAUAAAUAUCACAAACAAGUGUUUCUACACCAGUACGACAAUACUGCUGAUAUGUAUGUUAGGAACUAAAGAAACCAAGUUUAGCAAAUUAAAGGAUGAAUAGAUUUAUUCGUGGAUUCUAGUCUUGUUAAGUAAAGGAAUUAACCUGUGUGAGUAUAAAGAGGAAGAGCUGAUUUCUUUAAUAGAUUAGAGGAAGGAGUUAUCUCCCUUUCAAGGAUUAGAGGAAGGAGUUAUCUCCCUUUAAUGGAUUAGACGGAGGAGCUAUCUCCCUUUGAAUGAUUAAAGGGAGGUGUUAACCUCAUAAAUGGAUGUUGAUGUCUUAAAUGAAGGUUUGAACUUUAAAAGGGAGGAAUGGACCCCUGCAGUGUAAUAAGGGGAGGUAAUUUAAGGGGAAGAUUCUCACAAGGAGAAGAGAAUGGCAAUACGUAAGUUUUAAUUUUGCUGUGACAUUUUAUCAACAUGCUCUGUAUUUUCAAACACACUUGCAUUCAAAGGGCAACUAUGCCCAGUACAUGGUGACCAGAAAAUGUAGGCAAAGGAGGAAGUGAAAUGGAAGAGAAAGAUAGGAAAUGGAGAAGAAAAGAAGAUGAGUAGAAGGAAUAGGAAGGAGCUAUCAGUUCUGCAAUGUUCCUGCUUGACCUUUAACAGAGGUCUCUCGUAUGGAAAGUUUGGUGUGUAAUAAGUGAACAUAUCUCAAUGUGCAAUAAAGACUGCUCAAAAUAGUGUGAUAGUUGUGUGGCCAAAAUCUGUUGUAAAUAUAUAGUUGAAAAGUUAUUUGCCAAAUACUGCAUUUAGUGACUACUUGUAUAGUGAAGGCUUGCUGCAUUUUUAACCUAUUUUUGUCAAUUUUCUUUUGAUUUAUGAUGUAUCCAACAGUAAGUGUAUUAGGGUGGAAUAUAUAAUGUUGGUGAGACAAUGCUGCAAAAACAUUUUUUCCAAAAAGUUUUGAAUGGCAAGUUAGGUGUAUUCCAAGAUAAUAUACAAACAUAUGUUGAUUAUAUCUAUUCUACCACAUCAAAUGUAACAUAAUGCAUUUUCACCAGACUAAGUGACAGGGAUAGAGAGGAUUGGUCAUUUUCACCAGACUAAGUGACAGGGAUAGAGAGGAUUGGUCUUGAAUAGUGUUGUGCAUACAUCCAUAGUCUGUUAUCAAUAAUCCCUGGUUGUUGGCCAAAAAUCAAUGACUUUAUAAGGCUGAUGUGGGAUGAUUAUUUCAAUUUCAAUUAAUUAUUAUCUCUAACAUUGUACAGUGAAAGAAUGCUACUUUAAAAAUAACAUGGUGACCAGCUCUGCUGAAUUUUAAGGUAUUCGCCAACAACCUAAGACCUGUUUUGGAUGAUUCAGAUAAUUUUGGCGUAAACCCCAGUAAAUGUAAAGUAACAAACAGUAGAUCAGAACAUUGCUAAUUUGAGAACCUAUCGUUGUUUCAUAACAACAUCACAACAAUGAGUAUGACAUCAAAAGUUUUACUUGUGCAGGUCCAUGUAAUAUAGGAUAUAUAUUCAUGUGUAUACAUAUUUUAGCUGUAAUGAUGCACGAAAUAUUCAUUCUUGCAGUAAUCAUUUUCUUUACAACAUCACAAAACCAGUUCUGUAUCAAAGAUUUGUACAUCCCUCAAAGAAAUGAACAAAGAUGAUAAAAAAGUGAUCAAAGCGUUGUGAUGUUGAGGUCUAAGUACUGACCAUUACGUCUUAAAUCAACAUAUCCACGAUCAAGUACUGACCAUUACGUCUUAAAUCAACAUAUCCACGAUCAAGUUCCUGAAAAAAAGGACAAAACUUUUGAAGAUACAAGAUGAUAUUGUAAAUUUUGUAAAUUUUUGUUUCUUUGUCGUGUGAAAUAGAGACUUUGAAACUAUAAAAGGGGUUUUGUAUUUGAAAUUUGUUUUAUCCUGAUCUGUGAGAUUCCCGCUCUAGACCAGUUCACUGGUUUGUUGAUGUUGUUUUAAGAGUUUCCUCACCUUUCUACCCACGUAUUAAUAAAUCUGGGUUGUUCAAAAGUUACGAAAUAUAUUACCUAAAAGAUAUGUGUCUUAAUUUAAUUAAAAAAACAUAUCUAUAAUUCAGUAAAAAUAUUUAUGUUUUAAAUUUAAAUAUUUUGGAAUUUGUGACAUCGUAUGCUAUAUUUUUAUACAGUGCAACAUUGACUGUAUAAGGAAAGAGAACAUGUCUGAUCCAAAUGAUUAUUAUAUACAUGUAAUUUAAAAAAAAAAUGUAAUAUCAAAGUAUGGUUUUUACAUUGAUUGACCUUUGAAUAGUCAAAAUAAGCAAAGAAUACAGGUAUUAUUUAACUGCAAAUAGUUUUCAAGGAAAACAAGUUAUGGAAAAGAAAAAUGUUAAGUAGCCUUCAAAUAAAAGUAAAUCUGUUGAAUGUUGUGUCUUAACACAUUCACCCCUGAAGACACAUUUGAACUCUUCCGAUUCAAAGGUUGGAAUAGUUCAUUAUGAAAUUUUGAAUGAGUUGAUAUUUGGAAUAACCCUGACUUUGACCAACACCUGACUAUAAGGACAGAGUUUUAUUCUGUUACCUAGCAUUAUCAUACACUUAAUGUAAGAGGUUCAUGUGCAAGAUCAUUGAUGUUGAAAAAGGACUAUUUAGUUUGGAAGAUAGCACGAGUUGAAGGGAAACCUGUGGAAGAUUAAUGUGGCUCAAUCUUAUAGGUUUAAUUGCCAAUACCUAAUGUUUGUUAUUAUUUAUUGUCACUGUUGGUGUACAGACAGUCUGGCCUCACUUGAAAUUGAUGAAACUGAUCGCAAUCACAGGCAGAAACUAUUUGUUGAAUAAUUAUGUGUAAGGGAAUUCUAGUCAGUUUAUGGGACUAUACUGUAAAGUCUUUUUUCUGCAUUCACUAAUUUUGGCGGAUUUGGCUAAAUGGGCAAUUUAACGGGGCCUCUUGUUUGUGAAUUCCUGUUUAAGUGGCCAUUUCACAUGGCACUACAUGUACAGUAUAGAAAGAUUGUAUUCUUCCUGAUAUUAGCUGGUUGCCUCUCAUUGAAAAAUAGUUACCGCGAAAAUUAGAACCCAGUGAAAAAGACAAAUUUACAAUACAUUUUAAUUGGUCUAUUGAUAUGAGUGUAAAUAUGUAAAAAAAAAUGCAAUAACUUAUAAGUGUCCAACAGGUUUUGUUGAAAUGUCAGUGUUGUUUAUAUUAAUCAUGUUAAUUUAUCAGGAAAACUUCAUUAACUUAUUCACCCCUGAAGAUACAUUUGAACUCUUCCAAUACAAAGGCUGGAACAGUUCAUUAUAAGAUUUCAGAGGUGAAUGAGUUAAGCUAUCCUAUACACUAGCUCAUUGGUAUAGUUUCACUAAUCACUAUCAGACAAGUUCUUAAAAUAAGUGUUCAUCUAAAGCAGAAAUAAUUAUUGUUUUCCAUCAUUAUUAUCAUAUCUUAAUUUUCAAAGAAGAGAUGACCAGACAACAUAAAGUCUUGACAAAUUUAAUCCAGUUUACAUGUUUCGGCCACAUUGUUCUGCUGACAGCCGACCUAGUGGGACGAAACAUGUGAACUUGAUCAAAUUUGCCGAGACUCCCCAUCUGAUGUUGUCUGGUCAUCUCUCCUUUGAAUUUCUGUUACUCUCAUGGCCGGACUAGUGAAUUUCUGUUACUCUCAAUGCCGGACUAGUGAAUUUCUGUUACUCUCAUGGCCGGACUAGUAAAUUUCUGUUACUCUCAUGGCCGGACUGUUGAAUUUCUGUUACUCUCAUGGCCGGACAAGUGAAUUUAUGUUUCUCAUGGCCGGACUAGUGAAUUUCUGUUACUCUCAUGGCCGGACAAGUGAAUUUCUGUUCCUCUCAUGGCCGGACUAGUAAAUUUCUGUUACUCUCAUGGCCGGACUAGUGAAUUUCUGUUACUCUCAUGGCCAGACUAGUGAAUUUCUGUUACUCUCAUGGCCGGACUAAUAAAUUUCUGUUACUCUCAUGGCCGGACAAGUGAAUUUCUGUUACUCUCAUGGCCGGACUAGUGAAUUUCUGUUACUCUCAUGGCCGGACUAGUGAAUUUCUGUUUCUCUCAUGGCCGGACUGUUGAAUUCCAUUGAGGAAUCCAUCAACCGGAGUAUGCAGAACUUCACUGAACAUCCACAAGUGGAUCUCAUUUUUACUUGUAUAUCUAAAAUUUGUAAUUGAGCAGUCCAGAGAGGGUCCACUUUGGUGUGAAUAGAAGUUACAGGUACAGCAUUACUGUGAGGGUGAUUUUUAUGUCAAAUAGGGGUUCCAUGACAACCUACAAGUUUUAGUGAAGAAUUUGAAUACUGUUUUUUCGGUAAAAAAAAAAGAACUAAAAAUACUCAUUUUGAACUGAUACAUUGUAACACUAUCAGUAAAGGUGUUCAGUGAUGUGUCGUGUAUGUGCUUAUAUUUCCUGCAUGUGUAAUAUUUGAAAACCCCACCUGCGCAGGUACUUAUAUAGAGUUCAAACCUUGCUAUGAUUUAAAAAUUCAAGAAGUCAAAAGUGAUAUGUUCAUUUACUAGGUUAAUAUACAAUUCAAUCAAAAUACAUUUUAACAGUUUUUGUGUAAAACACAAAAUAUGAUGAAGUUGGAAUUUGGAUUAAUUUCCCCGAUCAAUCAUGGUCAAUAAGAUAAAAAAAAAAAAAAGACUUCCUUAUAUGCUUUUUUAAAAAUCCAGAUUUUUUAUUUCUUGAACAUUUGCAUUUGAAUGAUAUUUACACUUUUCCGGUAAGAAUCUGAAAAAGUCAAAAUUGGUUAUGAAAUAUAGUUGUGUUAUGCCAGUAUGAUCAGCUGUUUGAUUCAGGAAUACCUGGUUUCAUUGCAAACAUCAUUUUUAGACACUGAGUAUCAGUUUUCCAUUUAUCAUGAACUUAACGGUACAUCAUGUUUGAAUAAUACAUUAGAAUGCGAUUUCUGUGAAAAAUAAACUUGUUUAGAUGA